AUGGCGCUGGACCUACAGCCGCCCGACGGUCGCAAACGGGUCAAGGUCUACGAGCUGAGAGAUAAUGACUGGUUCGAUCGCGGUACUGGCUUCUGUACCGGACAGAUCCUCGGGGAAGAACCACGAAUAUAUGUCGAAUCAGAGGAUCAACCGAAUCGCGUGCUGCUGGAAACCAAGAUUUCCAAGGACGAUGGCUAUCAAAAACAGCAAGGUUUCUGUCCCACCCUCUCCCGACCCCCGGGCGUUUCUACGUUGAUCGUCUGGACCGAACAGAAUGGCACGGAUAUGGCGCUGAGUUUUCAGGAAGCAGAGGGAUGCGCGGUGAUCUGGGACUUUGUCAACACCGUCCAGCAACAUCUCAGCUUGGCCGCGGCCGACGACGCUCUCUCCGAUGAUCUCGAGAGCUACCAAUCGAUCGUCCUACCCGCCCCGGAACUAGGCAACUUACCCGAGAUCGAACAGAUUGUCCGAGCAGCCAGCAUGACCCAAGCCGGUCGCGACGCGUUGUCCAAGUUCAUCAUCCGCGACGAAUACAUCAGCAAACUGGUGCCCCUGGUCACCAUGGCGGAGGAUCUGGAGAGUCUGGAUGACCUGCAUCGCCUCUGCAACAUCAUGAAGUCCCUGAUUCUGCUCAACGACAACACUAUUAUUGAGACCGUCGUCGCCGAUAGGAUCAUCCUUGGGGUCGUUGGGGCUCUGGAAUAUGACCCCGAAUUCCCCGCACACAAAGCCAACCACCGGCAAUACCUCGAUGACAAGUCGCGCUACAAGGAGGUCGUUCCUAUCAAGGACCAAUUGAUCCGCCGUAAGAUCCGGAGCACCUGGCGCUUGCAGUACCUGAAAGACGUGGUGCUGGCCCGCAUCCUGGAUGAUCCGACUUUCUCCGUGCUCAACUCCCUGAUUUUCUUCAACCAGAUGGAAAUCGUGAACCAUAUCCAAUCGAACGGCCCUUUCCUCCGAGAGCUUUUCUCGGUCUUUGACCCGAGAAACGCCGAUGCCAAACGCAAAGAUGAUGCCGUCCAAUUCCUCCACCAGUGCGCUGCUAUUGCGAAGAAUCUCCAAGCUCCGUCGCGGGCUCAGCUGUUUGCCAACUUCAUCAGCCAUGGCUUGUUUGCAGUCAUUGCAUUUGCGGUCAAGCACCCAAACCCCGCGAUGCGCACCACUGGAAUCGAUAUUCUGGUGGCCCUCCUAGACCACGACCCCGUCAUGAUGCGUGGUUAUAUGCUGAAAGCCGUGAACGAAAAGAAGACCCCCCUCACAGACACCCUGAUUGAUCUACUCCACCAAGAAAGCGAUCUUGGCGUCAAAAACCAACUUGCCGAUGCGAUCAAGAUUCUCCUUGACCCCCAGAUACCCCUGCAGGACCCGCUCGCCCGGGCUGGCCCCGAUUAUUUCAAAGUCCGCUCAUCCAAUCUUCUCUCUGAUGCAUUCGUCCAACAGCACUUCGAUGAAUCUUCCAAAAGGCUCUUCCAUCCUCUCAAGCAGCUUGCUAACCGUCCUUCUCUCAAUGACAUGACAUUUCAAGAAGUCACCCUUUACUCACAUCUUGUUGAUAUUCUCACCUUUUUCGUCCGUCAACACCUCUUCCGCACACGCAAUGCUAUCCACAGCGAAGCCCUUGCGCCUUUAGUCGCCCAACUGCUUAAGGCCCCCCAGAAACAUCUGAAGCUGGUUGCACUCAAGUUCUUCCGAACCUUGAUUAGCCUCCAGGACACCUUCUACCAACAUAUCAUGACUCACAAUAAUACAUUUGGCUUGAUUCUGGACAUUGUCCUCGAGACUAUGCCUCGUGAUAACCUUCUGAACUCCGCCUGCCUGGAGCUUUUCGAGUUCAUUAAACGGGAAAAUAUCAAACCUUUCAUUCAGCACGUCGUGGAAAAGUACCGCGAGAAACUCGAGCUGAUCACAUACGUUGACACCUUCCAAAAUUUGACCCUACGCUACGACCAAAUGCAGGGCUAUGGUGCCGAGGCCGAUUCCACGCUGUUCAGCCAAGAUGAUUCCGGUACACCCCAACGGAUGCAUUUGAACGGCCAGCGCUGGCAGGGCGUCAAGGAAAUGGAUGCUGCGGAAGAAGAUUAUUUCAAUACGUCUGAUGACGAUGAUGAGUGGCAACACGAUAAUGGUGCGGUAGGUGCAGUGGGACUGCCCAACGGCUCUGCGUCUCCGGUCGUUAAGCCGCUGGUUGACUACCCGGAUGACGACGAGGAGGAUGCAAUGGACACCAAGCCUGAAGACUCCUCUGAUCAAUCGGCCGGAGCUCCGCCAUUGACUGUGGGUGAUAUCCAAGUCGACCCAACCCCGACUCCGGAACCUGUCGCACCUGCAUCACCAACAGCCCAGACACCACCUGAACGCCUUUCGGAGAAGCGUCGCCGCGAAGAAGAGGAUGAAGAUGAGCUGGUCAAGCUCGCUGCAGGACCAAAACGCCGGAGUUCGACUAGUAGCAACUCCAGCGCGGGAAUCUUGAACCGCAAGAAAACUCUUUCGAUUGGCUCAAUAGGCUCUGUUGAGAAGGGCGCUAGUGCUGGCGUGCUUGACAAUGUCACAAGCAGUGCCCCGCCUAAACGAAUCGCCAUCAACAUCGGGCCUACGGUGAAACACACCACACAAGAUACAGAUGUAUCAUGCAGCGAUACAGUCACGGGUGAAAGCAACGAGAAAGAGAAUAGAGACUGCAGCCAAGCCGACGAGGAUAGAUAA